AUGCAACACUAUGUUGAAAAACCUCAAACGAACGGCUAUACCAAGACGACAAAAAUGAAUCCGAAAAAAAUCGAUGAUAAAACGGAUGUGUCUUUGAAAAGUUCGGAAAGAAAACAUCAUCAUCACCAUCAUCACGAACACAGUUCUCAUCAUCAUCGACAUAAUUCGCAUACUCACCGACACAACUCGCACCAUCAUCAUCGACAUACUUCCCAUCAUCAUCAUCAUCAUCAUCGUCGUCCCCAUCACCACCACUAUCAUCAUCAUCGAAGUCCUUCAUAUUCAGAUGAUUCCUAUGAUUCUUAUGAUUAUCAUCGAGGUCAUUACUUAGAUCAUCAUCAUCAAUCUUCAAGACUCCCACGAAUUGUCACACCACAGCUGCCAAAGAUUAUAACGCCUACACCACGAAAUACCAAUACAUCGAUCUUUCGCGAUGUUGGUAUCAAUACCGGAACUGAAACGAAAAUAAUGAAAGAUUCAGGUGUCACAGUUGAUCUCGUCGAUGUACCAAAUCUUGCUGAUAGACGCCUUGAACAAAUUCCUGUGAUUCGUCGUACAAUUAUUGUUGAACCUUAUCCAGCAGAGCCGAGUUCACAAAUUAUUGUUAAGCCACGUGCGGAUAUGAUUGGAAAAGUUCGUUUAAGUAGAAAUAUGCACUUUGACGGCGAUGAUGCAACAACUGUCUAUCCAUCAACAUCAUUUAUGACAAAGAAACCGAAGAAAAAAAAAUCGACUAUUGUUAACAACAAUCGUAUUGAAGAUUUAAAUUUGAAUGGUAUCCAUGGUGACGAUGACGAUGCCGAUAAAAGAAAUAGAAAUGGAAAAACAAGAAAAACUAAAAUAGUAGCAGGAACAAAAAUAAGAAACGCUUUCUAUAAUUAA